AUGGAAGCCGCGUGGCUGCAUCUGCAAAUAGUAUACGAGUAUCUGCUUUGGUAUGUUAUCUCUAGUAGCGAGACCGACGCCGACGACGUGGCGAAGCGUUACAUAGACCAGGAGUUCGUCUUAAAGUUGCUGAACCUGUUCGACUCGGAGGACCCUCGCGAGCGGGGCUACUUGAAGACUAUCAUGCACCAGAUUUACUUGAAAUUCAUGGUUCAUCGGCUGUUCAUCUGCGAAGCGGUAAACAAGAUCUUUUACCAGUUUAUAAAGUCGGAGCGACAUGACGGCAUCGCGGAGCUGUUAGAGUUUCUAGAGGAUAUUAUUAAAGGAUUUGUGAUGCCGGUUAGUAAGGAGGAGCGAAAGCAGAUCCUGGAGCGAGUGCUGGUUCCGCUGCACAAGCCUAAGUGCGUGUCGAUGUACCACCAGCAGCUGUCGUACUGCAUCACUCUGUUUGUGGAAAAAGACCCGAAUCUUGCGGAUUCGGUGCUGCUCGGGUUGCUUGAGUUCUGGGCCUUAAGUAACAACCAAAAUGAGCUGCUUUUCUUGGAAGAGUUGGAGAAGAUUUUGGAGCUCACGCAGGAGCUCGAGUUCCACUUGGUGAUGACGCCUCUGUUCCAGCAGAUCGCGCUCUGCCUCAGCUCCUCCCACUUCCAGGUACGGUGGUAUGGGGGGGUGUCGGGGUGUGAUGCUAUUCGUGUGGAUGUGAUACGGUGGUCGGGUUCGAGAGGGUGUGGCCAGGUGUGGCUCCCACCCAAUUACAGGCUGUCCGAUGCUCUCAGGGCACCUCUUAUCAAGCUGCGUGAUUUCCUCAUGCCUUUUGGCGCUAUCACCAAGUUCUUGGAGGGGUCCUUUAACCCCACCAUGGCAGCUAUUGUACCCCAGGCUCGGGGGGCGUGGAGUAACGCACCCAUUGUGGUGGAGGCGAGGGGGCCAUGCCAGGGGGCCCAUGCACUCGACAUGGGUGAGGAGAGGGUGAAGGUGCUGGUGCGGGAGUGCCUUCUACAGUACCAGACCGCGGCCUGUGCUGCUGCAGGGGCAUGCCUUGGGGGUGAGGUCACUAGCGCUAGGGGAGUGGCGGGGCAGGGCGCGGCAGUCAUCGGGGCUGCAGGGCCUAGGGGGGCUAGGGCAUGGGGCGUGCUUGAAUUUCAGGCUAUGCUGUUUGCUGAGCUAGAAGAGAUGGAGGCAGAGGAGGGGGUGCGGGCAUAG